GCGCGCUCGGCUGAGCGGGCGGUUUGGGUGCGCUCGCUCGGGCCGGCCGAAGGCGCGGGGCUCGGGGCCUCGGGGCUCCCCUGCCGCUCCGGGCAGGCGCGCCUAUGGCGUUUCUAAGGUGACGCUGCGCUCAGCGCCUUUCUCCGGGCGCGGAGGAAACACCUAUGAACCCCUCGGCGACCUUCUUCGUCGGGCGCCAGAACAUCGGGUCGGAGGUUGAGAUUUCCACGAUCGAGAAGCAGCGGAAGGAGCUGCAGCUGCUCGUGGGAGAGCUGAAGGACCGCGACAGAGAGCUCAAUGACAUGGUCGCGGUCCACCAGAGGCAGCUGCUGUCGUGGGAGGAGGACCGGCAGAAGGUGCUGACCCUGGAGGAGCGCUGCAGCAAACUGGAAGGUGAGCUGCAUAAAAGAACGGAGAUAGUCAGGUCGCUCACGAAGAAGGUCAAGACCCUGGAAGCCAGCCACGUGGAGUCCCAGACCGCCCUCCAGAAGACCCAGCUGCAGCUCCAGGAGAUGGCCCAGAAGGCCACCCACGCCUCGCUCCUCUCUGAAGACCUCGAGGCGAGGAACGAAAACCUCAGCAACACGCUGGUGGAGCUGUCCGCGCAGGUGGGACAGCUGCAGGCCCGAGAGCAGGCCCUCACCACCAUGAUAAAGCUGAAGGACAAAGACAUCAUUGAGGCUGUCAACCACAUCUCGGACUGCUCGGGCAAGUUCAAGCUGCUAGAGCACGCCUUGCGCGACGCCAAGAUGGUGGAGACCUGCAUCGUGAAGGAAAAGCAAGACUACAAGCAGAAGCUGAAGACCCUUAAGGUUGAAAUCAACAAGCUGAAAGAGGAUCUAAACGAAAAGACAACAGAAAAUAAUGAACAGCGAGAAGAAAUCAUUCGCCUCAAGCAAGAGAACAGUUGCCUGCACGAUGAAUUGGUUUUUACUGCAGAGAGGGAGAAGAGGAAGGACGAGCUGCUGGACAUCGCGAAGUCCAAGCAGGACCGCACGAACGCGGAGCUGCACAGCCUGCAGCAGAUUUACGUGAAGCAGCAGAGCGACCUGCAGUUCCUGAAUUUCAAUGUGGAGAACUCCCAGGAGCUCAUCCAGAUCUACAACUCAAGGAUGGAGGAAUCCAGGGCCCUGGAGUCCAGCAGAGACAUGUACUUAUCUGACCUUGAAAGUAACCACCCAAAAGUCGAUGUUAAGAGGGAGAAACACCAGAAGUCGCUGGUCAAGGACCAAACGUUUGAGGCCACGCUGACCCGGCAGAUCAGGUCGGACAGGAGCCCCUGUGCCGGGUGCGCGGAGAAGCUGCAGGUGAGCGCGGCGUUCGGGGAGAAAAGCGUCCUGGCCGCGUCCUCUCUGCUCCCGAAGGACCUCACGGGCAAACAGAAGUCCUGGUCUCUGGGAGGAAAGCUGCCGACUGAGCCCGAACACAAAAGCGCGCCGUGCCAGAUCCACGGGAAACCCUCCCAAGGCCGUGGGGUCGGGGCCCCGCCGGAAGAGAGGCCGCUCCCAGCAGCCCCCGCGCCGCCGGCGGACGCGAAGCCGCGGCACGAGGUCAGCGUCUUCCUGGGCCUGGCCGACUGCGCCGGCGCGAAGCGGCCCGAGCGGCUGCGAGCGGAGGGCCGAGGCCACGUGGAGGCGCCGGGGGCCUCGUGCUGCCGCGGAGGUGAAGGCUGCCUGGGCGACAGUGCCGCGUGCGGGUUCCGGUGCUGCCACCCGAGUAACUUGGUGGUCGAGGCCCCGGGCCCGAUGUCCGACACGGAGUGGAUGAGCAUCUUCAAGCCGGCCAAGCUGCAGCGCGUCGUUCGCCACAAGUCGGCGUGCACAUGCGCAGAGCGCGCCUGGGGGCCGCAGUGCUACCCCUCCGCCAGCGAGCUGGCAGCCGUCCCGCAGCCCCACUGCGUGGGCUCUGCCUCGCCAGGGGACGAGAAGGUGAUGGAGACGGAGGCAUCUGUGGACAGAAAGAACUCGCCUAAGGUUCUGUUCGUGAACAAAGAUGCGGCGCCGCCCAGUGAGAAGGAGGACUUCUCUCCCACGAGCAAGCUCCAGCGCUUGCUGGCGGAGUCCCGGCAGAUGGUCACGGACCUGGAGCUGAGCACGCUGCUCCCCAUCAGCUCCCAGGGCCUCGGCAGCGCCGCCACCAGGAAGCCCACUGGUUUUGAGGAAGGAAAAGUCACCCGCAAAUGUCACUGUACCCAGACUUCCUCUUUCUAGUUACCUGGGCACAGGGAUA